GUGCUUGAAGAGAAGAAAUCCUCUUCCUGCUAAUAACUUUAAGGCGGGAGCACCAGACACCUGCAAAGCAGCUAAUUUCAGAGGGCUUUCAAAAACAACUUUUGGGAACACCGCUCAAUAAGGGAGAAAGAAGAAGCAAUGGCAGCCGAAAGUAUUGUCAAGCAGUUCUGUGAGGAAACAACUUGUUCCGUGUGCCUGGAACACUUCAACGAGCCAGUGACAGUUGAAUGUGGGCACAAUUUCUGUCAGGCCUGCAUCACCCAGUGCUGGGAGGAGGUGGACACAGGAGUUUCUUGCCCUCAAUGCAGAGAAAUUUUCCAGCAAAAAACUUUUAGGCCAAACUGGCAGCUGGCAAACCUUGUGGAACUUGUCAAGAAACUUCAGGCAGGAAAAGAAGCAGAGGGGAAGUGGGGAGUGUGCAAGAGGCACCAGGAGCCCCUGAAACUCUUCUGCAAUGAUGAUCAAGCCUCCAUCUGUGUGGUGUGUGACAGAUCCAUGGAGCAUCGAAAUCACAGUGUCCUUCCUAUGGAGGAGGCUUUCCUAGAGUAUAAGAAAGAGAUCCAGGCUCAACUUGAGUCUCUGAAGCAAGAGAGAGAAAAGCUUUGGAAACAGAAAGUGGUGGAGGACCGGAGAAGCCAGAUCUUUCUGGCACGCGUAGAAGCAGAGAAACGGAAGACCAAGUCAGCCUUUCAAAGGAUACACAGUUUUCUUGAGCAACAAGAGCGGCUGAGGCUGUUGCCGUUGGAGGAGCUGGAGGGAGAGGUGGAAAAGAAGAACAAAGGAAACCUCUCCAGAUUCACUGAAGAAAUCUCAGAUCUAAAUUGCCUGAUCACAGAGAUGGAGGGGAAGCUGCAGCAGCCUGAAAACAAAUUUGUGCAGAGUCCCAAAACAAUAUUGAGCAGACAUGAGAAGAAGCCAAAAAGGCAGCGGUUGGAACUUCCUCCAGUACUGGAACAGGCUCUCAGGUUAUACUCACAGCAAACUCCUGGAUUGCAGAAGGCUCUGGAAAAAUGUGAAGAGUCUUUGAAUGAAAAAAUGGCGCAGGUGCUGAGAAAAGUCUCUCUCAAGGAAUCGGUGGUUCAGGUGUGGAAAAAAGUGGACGUGACUCUGGAUCCAGACACAGCGCAUCCCUGCCUCGUUCUAUCUCAGGAUCUGAAGAGUGUGACACGGGGACAGACAGUGCAGAACCUACGCGACAGACCUGAGAGAUUUGAUACCCUACAAUGUGUGCUGGGCCAAGAGAAAUUCACCUCAGGAAGACACUGGUGGGAGGUGGAGGUGAAAGGUGGACAGGGAACGUGGGCUGUGGGUGUCGCUAGAGAGAGUGUCAAGAGGAAGGGAAAUAUCUCCCUUAAUCCUGAUGAAGGAUUCUGGGUUGUGCAGACAGCAAGAAGGUAUGAUUCUUGUAAUAAUUGUACAUCUUGGCAGAUAACUGCUUUGACGUCAUCUCAGUCAAUCGCUAUAUCUGAUGUCGUUCCCCAAAAGAUACAGGUGUCCCUGGACUAUGAAGACGGUAUUGUGGAGUUUUUUGUUGUGAAUACAAACCAAAGGCUCUUCACUUUCCCUUCAGUCUCAUUCUCUGGGGAGACACUUUGUCCCUAUUUCUUCACUACUAAAAGAAUCACAUUGAAGUGCUGAGUCCUGAGGAGAGUGGUCACUACGAUGGGUUCCACAACCCUGGAAAGAGGUGACAUUUAAUCAGUUUAUAGCUGCUGAAGAGACAGGGAAGGAUCUACAUGAGGUUCAGGUUGAAAUACCACAGAAUUUUUCACCCAUGGGGCAAGAGGGGUGCCAGAUGUACACUCUUAAUGGGUUUCUGGUUGAAAGACCACAGAAUCUUCCACUUGUGGGGCAAGAGGGGUGUCAGUGUAUAGAAUCUGUACUAACUCACCUCUUCUGCCCUUAAAUGUUCCUCAUGACAGGUGGAAAUACAGCAUUUUUAAUUGGCCUGGCAAAUAUAUUGUGCGAAAAACGAUAUGCCUAUAUUUAAACUACCACAUUUAUCCUCUGGGAUGUGCGUGUGUGUGUUUUUGAAAAAUAAGACCAUGAUUAUUUCCAAAUACUCAUUCAGUAGGCAGGGCAUAACUAUCUGUUUUGGAUUUAGAUACAUGUUCCUAUAUCAUUCUUCCACCUUGCCUCACACUUCAGUGCUUCCAUUAUCUUCAGUCAGGAAUUUGUAUUGACAGCUGUGUUAUAUUUUAGGCCAGAGCUUGGAUCCCACACAGAAAAAAAUCCACAGAUGGAAGGGAAUUCUUUCACUUGAGUGGACCUUCUUGGCUGUACCUAGGAUUGCCAGGUUCCAGGUGGUGGCUGGAGGUCUCCUCGAAUUACAACUGAUCUUCAGGCCACAGAGAUUACUUCACCUGGAGAAAAUGGCUGCUUUGGAGGGAGGACUCUAUGGAAUUAUACCAUGCUGAGGUCCUUUCCCUCCCCAAACCCUGCCAUUUCCAGGUUUCACCGCCCCUGCCCCCCUAAUCUCCAGGAGAAGACAACCCUAGCUGUAGCCUCCUCCUGUACUGCAGCCUUCUAAAAUGCUGUUUCCAGUUGACAGCCACCCUCCCAGGAAUAGUCAUGAGAGCAGGGAGAGUCAAAGGCUGGAAGAAGAAAAACAGCAAAAAUAAUCUUCCCUUUACUUUUGUGGAAAUCUUUUGUAGGAUCCAGCCCAAAGUGUUUAUGCUCCUGGUGGAGCUCUUUUCCAAUUCCAUUCAAA